GCCGACCCUCGGCGCUCACUCGCCCGGGUCGGACACCGCCCGCCUGGCCCCGCCAGCGGUCCGGGGCGCCACCCGCCCAGGUCGCCAUGUGCUCCCAGCUCUGGUUCCUGACAGAUCGGCGCAUUCGCGAGGACUACCCGCAGGUGCAAAUCAUGCGCGCCCUUCGGCAGCGCUGCUUAGAGCAGGACGUGCGCUUCCGGGCGGUGCUCAUGGACCAGAUCGCUGUCACCGUCGUUGGCGGACACCUCGGCCUGCAGCUAAACCAGAAGGCACUCACCACUUUCCCAGAUGUGGUGCUUGUGCGGGUACCCACACCCUCAGUACAGUCGGACAGUGACAUUACAGUCUUGCGACAUCUGGAGAAGUUGGGUUGCCGCUUGGUCAACCGCCCACAGAGCAUUUUAAACUGUAUCAACAAAUUCUGGACAUUCCAAGAGUUGGCUGGACAUGGUGUCCCCAUGCCUGAUACCUUCUCCUAUGGUGGACAUGAAGACUUUUCAAAAAUGAUUGACGAAGCUGAGCCUCUGGGGUACCCAGUGGUGGUGAAGAGCACCCGAGGACACCGAGGGAAAGCUGUUUUUCUUGCAAGAGAUAAAAACCACCUUUCAGACAUAUGCCAUUUAAUUCGCCAUGAUGUGCCCUACCUGUUCCAGAAGUAUGUGAAGGAGUCACACGGAAAAGAUAUCCGAGUGGUGGUAGUUGGGGGCCAGGUGAUUGGCUCUAUGCUUCGCUGUUCCACAGAUGGACGGAUGCAAAGCAACUGCUCUCUAGGUGGUGUGGGUGUCAUGUGCCCAUUGACAGAACAAGGCAAGCAGUUGGCUAUUCAAGUAUCCAACAUCCUGGGCAUGGACUUCUGUGGCAUUGAUCUCCUCAUCAUGGAUGAUGGUUCCUUUGUGGUGUGCGAGGCAAAUGCCAAUGUGGGUUUCCUGGCCUUUGACCAAGCGUGCAACUUAGAUGUGGGUGGAAUCAUUGCUGACUACACUAUGUCCUUGCUACCAAACAGGCAGACUGGCAAGAUGGCCAUCCUCCCAGUACUGUCUAGUCCUAGGGAGAAGAAAGAGCCAGAUGGUUGUGCAUCAGCUCAGGGAGUUGCAGAGAGUGCCUACACCAUCAACGGCGGGUCUACCUCAAGUGAGAGUGAGACUGAACUGGGAGAGAUCCGGGAUUCUUCAGCAAGCACAGUUGGGACCCCAGGCCCUAUGGUGCCUGAACCCAGCUACAACAUUAACAGCAGAAUUGCUUCAGAAUUAAAACUUAAAUGAAUCCCUGCUUUGGGGCACCAUUUAAACCAAAUCCAACUGCUUCACUGGUAGUUUUGAGUAAAUAAAAUCUGGACUAAUGUAAUUUAAUUUGCACAGAGACUAGAAAUCCCAUCUGGGUACUCAGCAUUCUUUCUAACAGUGAUUUAAGCAAAUGGCCUAGCCUUGUGGUUUUUACAAAAACUACUAUAAAAAACCACCAAGAGCAACAUCCCAGCUGAUCCAUUUGUGAUCAAUGUCAGCUGUAAGCAUGUGAAUGUUAUGGCUUACUCUGAGGCUUUGACUCUUGCUGCUUCUGGAUCUCAGCAAUAGAGCCUAUUAACUCAGAAGGGCUUCUGGAAACACUAUACUCAAAAGCAGCUAUUGGAUGGAGGCAUGUGCAGAAGUGGAAUGUGACUGCAGAUAUGUGCUCUUCAUUAAUUGGGCGUGUCUAAUGCUUGAAGAAUAGACAGUCCAGACACUCUCAAAGGUUCAGUCUCUAUCUUCAUCAAUCACCACUAUGACCAAUAUUUCUUUUACACUCAGGAUAUGGUGUUUAGGGAACUUCCUCAUUAACAUUCACAGUGAAGCACUUUGUAGAAAGUGAGAUUGAAUGAUCUUUGACUUUACUGGUUGGCAAAUAUCCUGCUUUAUUACUGGGACUUUCUACAAAUUGAUUUGCUGCUCUGAGUUUAUAGACCCUGCUUCAAGAAAGGCCAGCCUCAGCAGCCUCUUGCACCUUUGCUGCCUUUGAUCUCAACUGGAAAUGCACUUCAGUGAGCUAGUGGUCACACAAUUUAUUUCUUAAACACCAUGGACUAGCUUUUCAAUAGACUCUGUUCAUUGGUCACUCAGAAGUCAACAAGGUUUUGUUGUUGUUGAUUUUUGUUUUCUUAUAGAACACUACUGGAAGAUUUCCUCUCUCUACUGAAGUUUCAUGUACUGGAUAGCUGUAGGAGGUUUUCUGGUGUGAAUUACUGUUGUGGGCCUAUUGGAUAGACAGAGCCAUACAAAACACACUUUAGUCCCCUUUGAUAUUCAGAUCUUAAACCCAGAUUCCAUAGAUCUGUCUCUGCCUGCUUUUCCAAACAGAGGGAGACUCAAGAAUCAAGAAUUGUUCAUUGCACUUUGGGAAGGGAGUAGUGAAAUGUAACACCAAGUGCUUUUCAUUUUAAUUCUUUGAGCAUUAAAUGAUGAUCCUUCCUUUGGGGAAAAUAAUGGAAAUGGGAUGCUCCAUUUCUGCUUAUAUGAAGAAUAACUGAAAAUGAGCAAGAUAAUUUUUUAAAUCAAAUAUACUAAAGCAUAUGCACUCAAGAGUUAGCAUAAUUGGAGUAAUUUCCUUGGGAAAUGAUACUUUUGAACUGUGAUGUUGCAUGUGCCAACUACACUUACAAUUCCUCUUUGGAGUUAUCUUUAAAGCCUUGCAGAGAAAGAAGUCUCACAGUAUCAUAUAUCUUGUUUUUGUUUGUUUUUUAUAUUUAUUUAUUUUCCCUUUUGCUGCGCUUGUUUUUUGUUGUUGUAGUUAUUGUUGUUGUUAUUGAUGUCUUCGCUGUUGGAUAGGAAGAGAGAAAUGGAGAGAGCAGGGGAAGACAGAGAGGGGGAGAGAAAGACAGAUACCUGCAGACUUGGUUUACCACCUGUGAAGGGAUUCCCCUACAGGUGGGUAGCCAGGGGCUCAAACCUGGAUACUUACGCAGGACCUUGCACUUUGCGCCACCUGCGCUUAACCCAUUGCACUACCGCCCGACUCCCAGAUCUUGUUUUUCAUACCACUCCUCCCCAGAGGUAGUCCUAAGGUUCAUCAUACUUUGUUGUUGUUAGACUUAUUUUCUAAUGCUAUCUGUUUUUUUUUUAAAUCAUUCCUCAAAAAAAACAAUCAGCCUUUAAAAGAGCAAAGAUUUAUCCACAUGGAAGAAGCUUACAAGUGGACAUUUUCCAGAUAGAGUUUAAAAAUGUUUGUAGUCAGGGUAGUGUCACAAAACUAAACAUACAUCUUCUUAGGGUAACUACUUUAAAGGUAACAACACCCAUUUGGGUGUUUAAAUUCCUAUGUUUAUUUCUGCUGUUAAUGUAACACACAUGUACGAAGUCAAACAAGUACUUUUUUUCACGACACAGUUAAAUAGAAAUUGGCUUUUAAAAUACUGUGGCUAAAACCAGAUCUCACCAUGUAACAGUUGUACAAUUCAACAAUGUUUGGUGCCAUGCAAUGGAAAUGUUGUUACACUACACAGUUGUAGUUUAAAUGCAAUCCAGCAUAGGGUGCAUGCUGCUAAAUUGUAACUUUAAUAUUGUCUCGUACAGUUGGAAAAUCAUAAUACUUCACCUUUCUAUAUGGUAAGACAUGUACCUUACCUUUACCACUCAGGGUGGGUUUAGAGGGAUAGUUCUGGGUCUGUUCUCACUGGAAUUGACCAGAUGCUUUUUAUAUAAACAUCUGAGUCGUGCUGACAUUCUGGAAGCUGCAUUUACUUGCUCUCAUUGUUUAAUGUAAGCUCAGUCUUCCCACUUUAUCUGAAAGGAUGUUAGCUAGACCCAUCUUGAGCAGAUUAGCUAGAGUGCUUCCAUAUUUGCCAGUGGGGACCCAUUUUCCAGCUGCUAGUAAUAUCUGUUGUCAUUGGUAUCAUCACUUGGAACCUAGCCCUGCCUAGAAGCAGAGAGACUAGUGAUAAAGCUGUAUCAUACCCAGCUUUAGGAUUUCCCUUACUGGCUGUAAAGCCCUGUGAGCCUCAGCCAGGUGGCUAAGUGACACUUGUCACACCUGCCUCUAAGGCCUACUGUAAGGAACAUGGGAAGUGGAACAGAGUCCUGGCUCUGGUUCUCUCCAUAAGCAGCUAAUUGACCUCGUUUAGUCAGAAGGCUUCUGUGCCCUUUUUUUUUUCUCUCUCCUUCAGAUUAGGGGAGAUGUUGAAAUGGAUUAAUGAGAUUUAAUUAUAUUAUAUGGGAGGUGGCAGAAGAACUUCAUAUAUACCUGGUUUUAUAACAUUUUUAAUACUCUUCCCGUAAAGGAGUUAAAAAAGGGACCAUGAAUUCUUGGCAUUCUCACACUAAACACUGAUGGGAACCCUGAAAAAGGAUGCAACUUCUCAGAUGACUUGUGACUAGAAAGGAGUAAGGCUUUUUACUUUAUUCAAACAGACUUCUGGAUAUAUCGUAUAUAGCCUGGAACUCUUGUCACUAGUAUACUAAUAGUCUUCCUAUGUAACAAAUUGUGGUAUCUGUAUACUGUCUCCCUGGUAAUACCAUCUUGAAGCUGGUCAAAAUGUGAAUGUCAGUAACUCAUUCACUUGGAAUAUAUAUGGUUCUGCAAUUGGGAAAA